AUGCGAAACGAGAACCUUUACCUUGUUGUGUACAGGCCAAGAAGAAACGAGCAGUACAGCUUGUACGUCGAGGGUCUGCCUAAAGCAUACUUUGAGGCUUGGGUUAGUCUGCGGACCUUUCGCACCACGCUCUCCGUGGGACUCGCUCCUUCAUUGGGCGAUCACUUUAAGAGCUACUAUGGCACACUUGUGACUGAGCUAGUCCGAGUAGGUCUUAAGCUUGAGGGAGAGAUCGUGGCAGAGGUCCACGAAGCUGCUGAGAAGAACGAGAACAAGCGCCAGCUGAAGACUGGCCUCUCCAUUGCCCUUUGCAAAAAGAACAAAGAGAAAAGACCACUCUUGUAUGAGCCUGGCUUAAGAAGAACUCACGCCGAGAUGGCGGAGUUGAAGAGACACCAGGUCAAACGGGAAGCCCUCGCGGCUGUGCCUCCUCACCUGCAAGUUGCCGAUACUGAUUCGCCAGCUUACUCAUGGGAGCACAUUGACCUCAGCGAAAUCAAGGCCUUGCCUGUUCUGAGGUCGAUCUUCAACGACUUGACUCUGAAGAGGCCUAAUCUCAAGGACGCAUCGAUUUUCAAGGCCAGAUUUAAUAGCUGCCUGCAAGACACGUUCGAUCUCCUCCAUGGCGCCAAAAUAUACAAGACCGGCACACCCUACCUCAUGUACAUAACACUCAAGAUAAUAUGGGUUCGAGAGACUGGCGGAAAUUGGGCGGCCAUGGGCUGGAGGACCCCGAUUAACUACCUCUUCCUCCUCGACAUGCGCUACCAGACGUACCUAGAAGCUUUCCACCCCGAGGAUGCGCCAGAGCGACAAGAGGCUGGCUUCUUCGCCCAGGAUGCAGAGCCAGACACUGCCGCAGAUAUUGCUGCACACGAGGCGUCCCGAGCAGACAUCUGGGACGCCCAGGGACUCAGCAGAGACCUCCUAGCUUUUGGCGAGAAGCCAUUCGAGGUUUUCUUCUUUAACGGCAACAUCCCGCAGUUGUUUGCAAAGGAUGCCUUGACGGACACCAACCUCUACGUCGACCCGAGGCUCGCCAUAGGCCGGAACGUGCGCGGCAACAAUAAGCUGUACCUGGUCGUGUACAGAUCGAAAAGGAAUGGACACUCCAGUCCGAACGACAGAGCCCUGUUCCAAGCAUACGCUGAGGCUUGGGGUUGUCUACGAGCGUACCGCGCCAAGAUUGACGCUGGUAUUACGCACUCGCUGGGCGGCCAUUUCAGAGACUGCUAUGGCCAGCGGGAACUGGACGCGACGAUGAUGGAGGUGGAUGACCUGUGCGAGUCAAACAUGAAGCCUUCGAUCGCUGAACCUGUCAACACAAACGGCAAGAAAAGGCAGCAGCUCCAUGAAACGAGCGACCGGGAUGACGAUGACAUGGGCUGGACGAUGCAGGUCGACAGCGAGUGGAUGGGGGAGCAGAGGGAGCUCAAGAAGCGUAAGGGCGUGAAUGGCCAGGCUCAUGUUCCGUAG